GUUCAAUUGUUUCAUGAGGUAAAUUGCAUUGAAAUGCUCGGUUUCCACGCAUCGACAGUUCCGUUGAUACUGCCACCGAGUUUCGUGCUGUGAUUCAUGUAUUUAGUGCUUAAAAUAUUUAGUGUGAAAUAUAUAACUUGGAAUUGCUAAGGUUGCUUGUCUGCGAGAAGAUGGCGUCAGCUUGGCGAGAUCGAUGCUGCGGCGUGCCAUAUUUGCGCGCUAGAUGUUUCUUCAUAGGAUAUUUAAAUUUGGUUGCCAGUACAGUGGAUUUAGCUUGUCAUCUCGUCAUCUUAUCGGCUGUUACGAAUUUCUUCUCGUGUGACGUGGAUAUAAAUGUUCUCCAUAACAUAAACUGGUCAUGGCUGGAGCCACUGCUCGUGGUCAUGAACAUCGGGACCCACGGGUUCUACCCAUUUCCAUUAAUUCUGGGCUACUAUGACAGUUUGGGUGUCCGGGGCACCCCCCAUUGCUACCCGGGCAUGGUGCAUCUGUAUCUGAUCGACUUAAUUAACAUCAUGAUUCAUGUCGUGUGGCUGAGACUUGUGGUUUCCUAUAUCAAGGCCCUGCAUAAGAAAGAUGCUGACACCAUGCGCAUGUUCUUCAGUGUAUCCGUGAUCAAAAUAAUUCUGCAGUUGAUGUACUUUACGUACACGCCGCUCCAGUUUACAAUGUUCUCGGACACCCUGUAUAAUUCCUACUGGGUGCUCAAGGCUCUCGAUAUCUUUGUAGCCAUCAUAUUCCUGAUGAUGAUGAACAGCUACAUCAAGGCCGUCCGCGCCGAGAAGACUGCGCCCGCGCACGACCGCGACCAGCCGCCAUCUUACGACGAGUGCGCAGCGCGCAAAACCGACGACAUACCUUAACUUACCCAUUAUAGCAUUAUAUUUUGUAUAUUAUAAGUAUUUAUCUUACCGUCAUAUGACUGAAUAUUUUUAUCAUUUUUUCCAAAACAAUAAAAAUAAAGUUUUAUUAAAUGUAUUGUGAAUAUUUAAAAUAUAAUUACUGU